AUGGUCAACACGAAAAUUGUCCGUAGGAGUCGCCUGGCUGCUGAAAAACACCUAUCGCACGUUCUCCACAUUCGUGGCAUGAGAGGACGUUUUCUGAGAAAACGUCGAAGGUCAAAACGGACCCUGACUGGAACUGCAAAAACAAUUAAAAACCGCAACAAUCCGCGGGUCUGGUCUUCGCAUGUCGUUGGGACUGAGGAUUCGGUUGACUGCAGGUGA